GGAAAUUAGAAGCAAGACAUCUGUUAAUAUCUGCCCCCCCAAAAAGAAACACAAAAAUAAAGUGUUAAACACCAAAACGCCAAUAUAAAUAAAAAUAGCUACAGAGAAUUACGAAACGUAAUGCAUCACUGCCGCCUGUAAAUGACGUAUAUUCAAGUGGGUGAGUAUGCCGUCGUCGUCAUCUCUAAAACCAAAUACCAAGUCUGUUGGUGUCGAUACAAAAACAUCUGGCAGAAAAGAAAGCAACAUUCAUAAGAAAACAAGUAUCAGUACUAACACCACCAGCAGCAGCGAGGCCACGGAUGAGGAGGAUUCGCAACAUUAUCGUCGCAGCAUAAUGUUGCCCACAAAUGGCUCCGAGGAUGAGGAUGACUAUGGUAGCACCAAUGUCGAGGCACCUCUUAUCAGUGGCCAUGAUGAUGGUGAAUGUGAGUGUAUUAAUACCCGCACUAUUUUCGGCUUAAUGGGUUUCUUUGGCUUUGCCGUUGUUUAUGCCAUGAGAGUGAAUUUGUCGGUGGCAAUUGUUGCCAUGGUUAAUCAAACGGCAAUUCCACCCGAGGAAGGCAAUAAUACACCCCCUGUUAUUGAUAACAGCUGUCCGGCGAGUGAGGCGAAGAACUCAAGCUCUGUCCUACCCGGAGGAGAUUUUGUAUGGGAUGAAGCCACCCAAGGCCUGGUGUUGGGCUCAUUUUUCUAUGGCUAUGUUUUGACUCAAAUACCCGGUGGUCGUAUGGCCGAGAUCUUGGGCGGCAAGUUAAUCUAUGGCUAUGGAGUUCUCAUCACCGCCCUCUUUACCAUCCUAACACCCAUUGCUGCCAAUUGGGAUUUGCCUUCGCUGAUAUUGGUGCGUAUACUUGAGGGCAUGGGUGAGGGUGUUACCUACCCUGCCAUGCAUGCCAUGUUGGCCCAUUGGAUUCCCCCACUGGAAAGGAACAAAUUUGCGGCCGUUGUCUAUGCAGGCUCUAAUAUAGGUACGGUUAUCUCCAUGCCUUUGGCAGGCUGGCUAUGUUCUUUGGAAUUUCUAGGAGGUUGGCCCUUGGCAUUUUAUGUCUUUGGCAUAUUGGGUAUUAUAUGGUUUGUGUUUUGGAUGUACUUGGUUUAUGACAAGCCUUCGGUGCAUCCUAGAAUUUCAGCAAAAGAACGAGAAUAUAUUGAAAGAUGUAUAGGAGUUACCAAGAAACUUGAUCCAAAAAGCGACAAUAACUAUGCACAGGAGGAGGCAGCAGUUGAUAGUGAUGCCGAUGAUAACGAUGACUACAGGGUAAAUGUGUCUUCCAGUGUUGAAAGCCAUUCUGCGCCAGCCUCUAUACCUUGGCGUGCGAUAAUGACAUCAGUGCCUCUAUGGGCCAUUUUAAUAACCCAGUGCGGCCAGAGUUGGGCUUUUUACACCCAGCUCACUGAAUUGCCUACGUACAUGAACAACAUUCUACACUUUGAUAUACAAUCGAAUGCGGUAUUAAAUGCUAUACCAUAUCUCACUUCCUGGCUGGUGGGCAUAGGCUGUUCAGCGGUGGCCGAUUGGAUGUUGGAACGACGUUAUAUUACCACCUUGACCUCAUACAAGUUUUGGAAUUCCAUAGCUUCCUUUAUACCCUCGUUGGGGCUGAUUGGUGUAGGCUAUGUGGGAUGCAGCUGGCAAUGGGUAACAUUUAUGUUGGCCGGAGUAGGCUCGUUUGCAGGCGCCAUAUAUCCCGGCAAUCAAAUGAAUCACAUCUCGCUUAGUCCUGCCUAUGCUGGCACCAUGUAUGGCAUUACCAAUUCAGCUGCCAAUAUUUGUGGAUUUUUGGCUCCUUAUGUCAUAGGUCUGAUUAUAAAUCACAACGAAACCAUGUUGCAAUGGCGUAAAGUCUUCUGGCUGGCGGGUGGCCUAAAUAUAGCCGGGAAUAUCAUCUAUAUCCUAUUUGCCAGUGCUGAGGAACAGAGCUGGUCUCGCCCCACAGCAACGGCAAACAAUCAGGAGGAUAUGCCCAGGCGGCAAAGGCGCGGAAGAAGAAGAAUUAGUGAUGAAAUUACAACAUGAUUAUGAUGUCUUGUAUUGUGGUGCUCAAACUGAAUAGGUUUUUAUUUUGUUUUUAUUGUAACGAACGCAUAUUCCUAUUGUACCUAUUGUUGAAUGAACUUAAUGUGUGAUACAUUUACCUCGUGUUGUAGUGCCCCACCAGAUGCUGUGGUGGUUAGGCACCAACACGGUUCGAAUUUAUUCGAAAUUUUUUUUUAAAGUAAUUUUAAAGUUUUUUUUUUUUUUUUAUUUAGUUUAAGUGAUAGUGAGAAAAAGUUUAAUUCCAGAGAUUGUGGAACAUGGAAUUGACUGUGAUGUACAUAAUACGUAUGUACAUAUAAAGAGAACAAUGUUUUUGUGUGGUUUUGAAAAUUUAAACAGUUUAUUUAGAGCGAGAACAUGCGAAGUUGUAGGAACAAUCGUUUCAAUUCAAAUCGGUAUAAUAGAAAAACUACAUCGAAAAAUAUUGGAAGGUCGAUCAUGGUGUUUGGUCGAAUUAAUUUUUUCCAACAUACUCUAAAUACCAGGGUUUUUAAAACAAAGUUGUUAUAAUAUUUCCAUUUCGGCUUAUAUUUUCCUAAACGAUGAUUCAUACAACCGAUUUGUAUUACGCAAAAUUAGAAAUCUUGUAAUGCAUUAUUUAAAAAGAAAUUUUUAUAUUUUUGAAAUUCCCAUUCCAUAUUUUCAGAUUAGAAAUCUUUAAAGAAAAAAAUACAGCCCAUUUUAGUAUAAGGAAUUUGAGAAAAAUGCAUUUUAGAGUCAUAUUUCUAAAAGUUAUUUCAAGGCGUAUUUAACUAGGUGGCCGCACCGGCGAAUUGCUACAACAAAGCAUCUUUUUUGGGAACUUGAUGCUUCAAAAUUUGUAAACAGGUCGAAGAAAGUUCGAUUCGCCCUGACAUUUAAAAUUUCGGCAAAUUUGCUUCGACCAAUCUGAGCAAGAAGAAGGAAGUUCAUUAAUUUUUUAGUGUCAAGCAAGAAAACACAUAUUCAAAACCAGUAAGGAAGGGCAAAAGUUGGGCUGCGCCGACUGUAUAAUACUCUACACCUACCCUAUAAGUACAAUGUGGGAGCUAUAUCCAAUUCUGAACCAUUUUUAAUGGACCUCAGCGAGCAAAAAUAUGUUCAAACUGUAAUAACUACGGCUGACAAAUGACAACUUAAUUGCAAAUUACCCAAAAUCUGACGAACAUAUAUAUGGGAGCUAUAACUAAUACUGAAGCAAUUUCCAUGAAAUUAUCCAGUAAUGUCGGGAGUCAUAUGAAAAUCGUUCCUGCCAAAUUUCGAGAAAAUCGGUUUACAAAUAACCAUUGCAUUAUUGCAGUAUAACAGCAAAUCGGACGAACAUAUAUAUGGGAGCUAUAUCCAAAUCUGAACCGAUUUUUUCCAAUUUCAAAAGCCUUCGUCUCUAGGCUGAAAAACACGCCCAUACCGAAUUUCGAGAAAAUCGGUAAACAAAUUACCAUUUUAUUGCAGUAUUACUGCAAAUCGGGCGAACAUAUAUAUGGGAGCUAUAUCCAAAUCUAAACUGAUUUCCAAUUUCAAUAGGCUUCGUGUCUAGGCCGAAAGACGCCAAAAUUGAAGACGAUCGGAUGAAAAUUGCAACCUGUAGUUUGAACACAAAUUAACAUGGACAGACGGACAGACAGACAGACGGACAGACAGACAGACGGACAGACAGACAGACGGACAGACAGACGGACAGACAGACGGACAGACAGACAGACAGACGGACAUGGCUAAAUCGAAUCAGAAAGUGAUUCUGAGUCGAUCGGUAUACUUAUACUCGGUCUAUCUCUCUUCCUUUUGAGUGUUACAAACUAAUUCACUAAGUUCGAAUUCAGAUUUCCAAUAAGCUUCAGAGACUUUACACACAAAACUGACUGGAACAUUGAGGUCUGAUCUGUGUGGUGUUCAUUUGCUGCCACGAGAAGCUUAGCUAGCUGCGAGCUAACGGGCGCGAGACUGCACUGAAAUUGCGAGAGUAAGUGCAGGAUUGUGGCUACACAAAAACCUAAAUUAUCUUCAUUCUAAAUUAUCCCUUCGCCAUUCUUGACUACUAUAGCUUUAAAUUGCAUAUUGGAGGGAGCUUCUCCAGACCGUCUGGCCGUUUGUCUUGUAUGCUGGCUCCCAAUCUUCUUCAUUUUAAUGUCUGGCAUUGUACCAACGUAAAUUUUAUCAGUGUUCUUCAGUGCUUUUUUAAUCUUUCAGGGCAACACAAUACACCUAAGUUCCCGGCAAUAGUUCUUUCGCCAUUCUUGAUUACUAUAGCUUUAAAUUGCAUAUUGGAGGAAGCAAAUCAAAUUCUCUCACCUGGGUUGAUGCGGCCAACUGAAAAAUACGCCUUGAGUUAUUUAGUGUAUGACUAAGAAUUUUCAUUUUAAGCUUACUUUGGUCAUACGGAUUAUGACAGGAGAAUAACAUCUGAUUUCACUUUCUAAAUCAAAUUAUCAAAUUUGUUAGAAUUUUAACGGCCUUAUUCAAAAAAACUUUAUUACAACUUAAAAUAGAAUUAUUUGAAAGUUCUAUAAAGGAUAUAUGUCAAAUAAACCUAUUUCAUAUCUACAUUAAGUUUUGUGAAUAAGACCGUAAAUUUUUAAACUUCGACUUUGAGAUUGUUCUUGUCAUCAAUAAAUUCAAUUCAAAUCAAAUACAUAUAAUGCUAUAUAACAUGCUAACAAAAUUAAUCUGCCCCUCAAAUGUUAUAGUUGUUAAGAACAUAUUUAGUACUCUUAAUCAAUCUAAAAUGUUUUUAUAUGUAUUAGAACUAACAGAGAAUUCUCUAGAAACAACUUAAUACAUGAUAAUAUAUAUUAAAAAUUUUAUAAUUGUUAUAUUAGCUCUAAUUAGACGUGGUGAACUAUAAAUAAUGUUUGUUGAUACCUUCAAAUCUUGCCACACUAAACUUGUGAACAAUAGAAUAGUUAGAUCUCGAAGAUUACAUCUGUAUACCUACAACACCUACCUUAAUUCCAUAGGACGAAAUACAUUUUCAAAGAGGUUACUUUAAAUUAAUUAAUUUAUAACUAAA